AUGUCAUCAGAAGUUUCUGCCUCGGCAGAUGAACAGACGUCAGAUGCCGACGAAGUUCCAAACGGAGUAGAAUUCCAGGACAUUCCGUCUCUUUACAACCGUCUCCAUGUCAACUUCCGCGACGUGUUGAUUGCUUUGAACGGCAAUCCAAUGGCAGUCGAUUCCGCAGCGCUAGAAGUAGCCCAUGAGGAAUUCACCCGCCUCAAGAUCUGGGGAGUACAAUCCAGGGCAUCUGUUUCCGGCAUUCAUGGAUUACUCGACCUUGAGGAACAGCCCGAAAUUGGAAAUCUUCUGAUUGAUGUCCUCAAAGAAGCCAACGACUGUCUGCUCCGGAUUCUCCCGCGUGCAGCAACGUGCGACGCAGCGUCACUUGGGGAGGUUAUAAUACAUUAUAUUUACUAA